UUCAGAAUUUGAAGUUCAAUUUAUCAGUUCCAUCCUCAUAGAAGAUUACUAAAGCUACUGCUCAAAAGGAGGAGAAAACAGCUGUCUUAAAGCUAAUCCUACAAUGGCAGCAGCCGACAACAAAGCCGAAGCCAAAAAGAUGAAGGGCCUUCUCAAAGGCCUCAGAUACAUUUCUCAAAUCUUUGAAAAUGAAAAAGAGGCUGAAAUGCAGAUUGGGCUCCCUACAGAUGUAAAGCAUGUUGCCCAUAUAGGAUGGGAUGGCCCUGCUGUGAAUUCUCCAAGCUGGGUAACUUUUAAUGUUUUUUUCUUUUUAAUAAAUUAUACUUUAAUACCAGAAUUGUAUGAUGUUUAUCAUUUCAAUGAUGAACAAAGAAGAAUGAAAAUUUCAAAUUUCUCUGAAUCAUCAUUUGAUUGGUAUGAGCAAUCCAUGGUAGAUUCCGCAUGUAGAAAAACUUCCAGAAGAGCAUCAGAUUUUUUAUCGAGGGACUUACCGGAAUUGCCAAAAUCAUCGAGAAGGCAUUCAUCAGCAGGAGGAGCAGGUGAUUCUCCACCUAAGGAAAAAACAGAGAAGAAACAUUCAAAGCGAUCGUCCAAAAAGGAAAGCAAGGAGUUGACCGACGGGAAACCGAGCCGGAGCAAGGAUUCAAGCGACUCAUCGUCCAACCCUGAUGCGCCCAAAAAAAGUAGGAGAAAGAAAUCAAAAGACGCCGCCUCCGUCGGUGCCUCAACGUCGAAAUCCUCCAGAUCCAAAGCAAAAGCUACAGAGGAUUUUGGAUCUGAAUCUGGACCGUUAUCCCAAUCUCUUAACAUUGAUAACUGUGGCUCUGCUGCAAAUUUUGCUUUAAAUGAAAAUGCAGAAAAUGGAUUAAACGAAAUAUCUUGAGAAGAUGGUGUGUACUAAUCUUUUUUUUUUUCUUUUAUCUUAAUUCUUAUACCAGUAGCUAGAAAAUUUUUAGCUGAACCCAAAAGAGUUCACCAUUUUUUUUUCCCCAUCAAUGGUAUAUACCACCACCUGGCUGCACCUGCCAGUACUGAAUCAUUUUUUUUGUUUCUGUAAAGAUGAGUAUUAUAUGAUUAAUCUUACCAUGUUUCAGCUUAGA